CGUUAAUUUGUUACUUCUUAACAUUCUUAUAAUAACCAUAUAUGGCUCCUACACUCGAAUUCCCUCUUAAUGUAGGCCAAAUAGACGAUGUUCAAGAACUCAAGAAGUCCCGAAAAACUAAAAUUCCAAAUAGGUUUGUCCGUGAUAUGAAUGAAAGGCCAAUGCUAGCCACAAUCCCAUUACCGUCACCGGGUAGUUUACCGAUAAUUGAUCUAAAAAAACUCAUGAAAGGAAGUAAAGAAGAAUUUCACUAUGAAAUUUUGAAGCUUUCAACUUCUUGUGAAGAGUGGGGGUUUUUUCAGGUGAUAAACCAUGGGAUUGAUGUAGAUUUGCUUGACAAAAUAGAGGAAGUGGCUAUGGAGUUCUUCAUGCUUCCUAUUGAAGAAAAACAGAAGUACCCAAUGGCACCAGGAACAGUUCAAGGGUAUGGGCAAGCUUUUGUGUUCUCGGAACAUCAAAAGCUAGAUUGGUGCAAUAUGUUUGCUCUUGGUUUACUGCCUCACUUUAUUCGGAACCCCAAACUAUGGCCAACUAACCCGCCAUCGUUUAGUGAUACUGUGGAGGCUUACUCGCUAGAAAUUAGAAAGCUGUGUAAAGAUCUUCUAAAAUAUAUCGAGUUAAGCCUCGGGCUGAAUGGCAAUGUUUUUGAAGACAUGUUUGGGGAGUGCGUGCAAGCUAUCAGGAUGAACUACUACCCGGCGUGUCCUAGACCCGACCUUGUACUUGGUUUAAGCCCCCAUUCGGACGGCAGUGCUCUCACCGUGUUGCAACAAGGAAAAAGUAGCACGGUUGGUCUCCAAAUACUCAAAGACAAUGUAUGGGUACCUAUUCAGCCCGUUAAAAAUGCACUUGUGAUCAACAUUGGUGACACCAUAGAGGUCUUAACAAACGGGAAGUACAAGAGCUGCGAACAUAGAGCCGUGACACACAAAGAAAGGGAUAGGCUAUCAAUCGUGACGUUUUAUGCUCCAAGUUAUGAGAUAGAGAUUGGCCCAUUGCAAGAAAUGGUGGAUGAAAACAACCCUAGCAAGUAUAGAACAUACAACCAUGGGGAGUAUAGUAGGCACUAUGUAACCAACAAGUUACAAGGCAAGAAAACACUUGACUUCGCCAAAAUUUCACCAAAAAAGUGAUUAAUUAUAGACUAGAACUUGAAUAGUAUAAAAAAAUCC